AUGGGAGGAGGAUGGGGCCACAGCACUUGGAAAAAGUGGUAUGAUAAUUGCUUAAGUGAUCAAUGGAAGAAUGGUUCGAAGAAGAAGUCUGAUGCAAAUGGCGGGAAGAAUAUGAAAAUUGAUCAUUUGCAGCCUAAGAAACAACUCGGAAGAUCUAAUCUUGUUGAUAACUGUUUGAUUGCCUCUCAUUUCAUUUACAAUCUUGCACAUACAAAGUCAAAUCUUUUUAUGGACCAAGUUGAGUUUGAGCCCGCUCAGCAUUGGAGUGCAAACAUUCUAAAAGCUGACGAACACCAUUCCGACAAGAAUUCUCAAGAAUGGUUAUGA